AUGCCGAACAACACUUUCUCCUCCUCUCAAGACAGCGGCGUCACUGGCGCCGCCAAAUUCGUGACUUCGACGCUUGGGAACACGGUCGGAGGCGUCUCUCGCACCGUUGGCGGGGUCACAGGCGCCGCUACUCGAGGAAUCGGCGAUACCAUCACGGGUGCUACAGGAAGUGCCGGGAAACCGUUGGGCGAUGGACUGGGAAGCAGCUGCGUUCAGAAAGGGUGUGAGAUUGGUGGGUAG